AUGGGUUUGGUGUUUCGUGGCGUGCUCGUUGCCGGUGCGGUUUUUCUAUCGUUUGCGUAUCGCGCAUAUCAACAGCUUUCCAUAACGCCACGUGUACCGAAUAAUAUUGAAUUUUUCGAAUACUGGGGACCACCUGGUGGUGACCCGUACGGUGAUGGUUUAACCGUUGAACCGUUUAAUAUUUCCUAUCCAUCCGCUGUGAUCGAACGUCUCAGAUCAAAGUUAAAAGAUGUGCCGGAACUAACGCCACCACUGGAGGAUACGGCUUUCGAGUAUGGGUUCAAUAGCGAAAGACUGCAGGCGAUCGUGCAGUACUGGAGGACGGAUUAUUUGGACCGAUGGAGCGAGCGGGAGACAUAUUUGAAUAAGUUUCAGCACUACAAAACCAAAAUCCAAGGACUCGACAUUCACUUCAUACGCGCCAAAUCGAACGAGGUAAAAAAUCCGAAACGGAUCGUUCCUCUCCUAAUGUUGCACGGAUGGCCCGGAUCGGUUCGCGAGUUUUACGACAUCAUCCCUAUGUUGGCCGAACUUACUGACGAUAAGCAGUAUGUGUUCGACGUAAUUGUGCCCAGCUUACCCGGGUACGGUUGGUCACAGGGAGCAACAAGGCCCGGGAUGAGUGCAUCUAAAGUAGCAGUUGUGAUGAAAAACCUGAUGGCCCGCUUGGGUUACCGGCGGUUUUACGUGCAAGGUGGUGACUGGGGUGCAAUCAUUGGAAAUUUGAUGGCCAUUUUGUUCGAGGACGACAUUUUGGGUUUUCAUUCCAACAUGUGCAGUGGCAGCGCCAGUCCCUUGACUAUUGGGAAGCUUAUUCUUUCGAGCUUAGUGCCAUCGUACUUUGUCGAACAACAGUCAUUCGGUCAUUUCUAUGCGUACUGGGACAGGAUUCCGGAACUGAUCCGAGAGUGCGGACAUAUGCAUCUUCAAGCUACGAAACCAGACACGGUAGGAGUCGCCUUGGAGGACAACCCGAUUGGACUGUUAGUGUACAUCUUGGAGAAAUUCUCAACUUGGACCAACCUAGCGAACCGCAGCCUAAAAGACGGCGGUUUGGAGAAGUAUUUCUCGCUGGAUGCCUUGUUGGACAAUGUGAUGAUAUACUAUCUUACGAAUUCGAUAACCACGUCGCAGCGAUUGUACGCAGAAACAUUCAAUUUGGCUGAGCUCUCAAAACAGUACAUAAACAUUCCCACCAAGAGUCCGGCGGCGUGUGCCAAGUUUCGACAUGAGCUCUUCCAUUAUCCGGACUGGAUACUGAAAGAGCACUUUACCAAUCUACUACAGAGUAACCAUUACGAUGAUGGUGGACACUUUGCAGCCAUGCAGUUGCCAGAUGUUUUGUACAAAGAUAUUGUGCAGUUCGUAAACCGUUUGUAUGUUAGAUGA